AUGGAGUUGGGAGAAGGAGUUGAGGGUUUAUUUUUUUCUUUUUCGAAUUUCUCUCCCGCGGGUUUGCUGCUGAGUGCGCUCUUUUGGGUGUACGUACACCUCAAGCUUUCGCCCAAGCUGCCUUCCCUCUUUCUUCCUGCUGCUGUUGGCCAGCAGCACAAGCAGAAGCUGCUGCAGUACAAGCAGCAGCAAGCAGCAGCAGCAGCAGCAGCAGCAGCGCGAGCGGGCGCAGCAGCAGCAGCUCCCGCAGCCCCGCAAGCAGCAGCAGCAGCAGCAGCAGCAGCAGCAGGGGCGGGGAAGGAGCGGGCCCCCGAGGCCGCCGAAGGAGCCCCUCAAAAGCAGCAGCAGCAGCAGCAGCAGCAGCAGCAGCAGGAAGCAGCAGCAGCAGCAGCAGCAGCAGAACUGAGUCCCGAAGAACUGAUGGUUUACUGCGUUUCUGCAAGAGCAAAUGCAACAGCUUUUUUGCAUGCAUGUCUUGUAGUUCCUGCUGCUGCUGCAGUGGUGUUUGUGACCAUAAAGAAGGCGCAGCAGGAGCUGCAGCUGAAAGCAGCAGCAGCAAUCCUGCUGCUGCUGCAGUGGUGUUUGUGA